AUGGACAACUCGCUGCUCGCCGAGCUAGCUGCCGCCCGCCGCGCCCACCGAGGAGAGCCGUCGCAGCACGUCACGCCCACGCCUGACACUGCCGAGCACGAAGCGCCAGCGCGCAACAACGAGCCGGCUGCAAAGCGUGUGCGCACCAGUGGCGAGGCGUGCAUUGACCUGUGCGGCUCUGACGAUGAGGCGACGCCCACCGACGGCGACGAGGCGCUUGCACGCCGGCUGCAGUCGGAGGAGAGUCGUGGCGCAGGCGGCAACGACGCAGCGCUCGCGCGCCGAUUGCAACAGGAAGAGGUGCAGGCGGCCGCUGCCAUGACCUCGCCCGGCGCGGCGGCGAGCUCGAGCAGUGGCGUCGGUGCGGCGGCGAGGAGCAUCGACGACGACGCAUUCGAUUCGCUCGCGCGCCUGGUGAUGUAUCAGCGCGACUCGAGGCACACCGCCGCCGCGGCCGACGCCGCGUUGUGCGCCGCCCUCGGCGGCGCGCUCUCGCCGUGCGGGCUUCUCGGCAUCUCUGGCGGCGCAGCUGGCGUUGCGGGGCUCAUGGGGCAGCCGAGCUGGGAGGCCAAGGCGCAGACUAUGCUCGAGCUCGCGGGCAAGUGGGCGUCGCUGAGCGCGCUGCCCGCGCGACGGAGCGGCGCACGCGACGCCGUCGACAAGGCUUUCGAGGCGUCCGCGAAGGGCGUGCGGGGCGUCGGGCCUUGGACGGUGAACGAGUUCAUGAUCGGCCUCGGCCGGACGGACGUGCUGCAGGUCAGCUGCCACGAGGUCGCGACCGGGCUCAGGCACCUGCUGGAGGCGGAGCAGGCGGGAGGCCAGCCGCCGACCGUCGCGGCCUGGUCCAAGGCUGCGCGCUUCCGACCAGACCACCUCACGCGCGUCUCUGCCAUCCUGCGAGCGCUCCACCGGCGCGUGCAGGCGAGCCGGCCCGCCAAGGCGGAUGCCUGCACCGACGCGCAAGCGGCGCUCGCGGCCAUCCCGAGGGAGUAAGGAGUCCGUACGAGGGGGUUUACCCCCAUGUACAACACGAUUUGCCCGCCGUCAAUCUCAGCGCGUGUGUCUGUGUGUGUGUACGCGACUCGCAAGUAGCUACUUCAAGUACACGGUGUACGCGUACCUUUGUUG